CACCGCAUUCGCCCCAUAGCGACUGCUCUGUACUUCUCCCUCAGAAGUUCAGCGAGCUGAGUGACGACUUAUAGGUGCCCUGCUGCAGCAUCACUCACUGGUAGACAUCACCCCACCGUCACCAAUCAUCACCAUCCCACGCGAAGCGCAGCUCCUCUACGCAGUAUCCAAAUCACACGCCGAUCAUGCCCUCCCGGUCCGAGGUUGCUUACUUCGGCGCGGGCCCCGCCCCGCUCCCCACCCCUGUUGUCGAAGGUGCCGCCAAAGCUUUUGUCAACUUCAACGAUGCCGGUCUUGGUCUUGGAGAGAUCUCCCAUCGCUCCCCAACGGCCAACAAGAUCCUUGCAGAGACCAAAGAGGCCCUCACUACCCUCCUCGAUGUCCCAGACAAUUAUGAAAUCCUGUUCAUGCAAGCCGGCGGGUCAGGAGAAUUCAGCGCCGUGGUGUAUAACCUCGUCAGUGUAUGGGUUGAGAGAAGACGGCGGAAGAUCAACGCUGCUCCAGAGGAGACACUUGUGGCGGAACUAAAGAAGCAGGUGGAGGAGGAACUGAAGUUGGAUUACCUUGUCACCGGAUCAUGGUCGUUGAAAGCGUCCCAGGAAGCAGCUCGGUUGCUUGGAGAAAAAUAUGUCAAUGUUGCUGUUGAUGCGAGGAAGGACAAUAGAGGGAAGUUUGGCAAGAUACCAUCAGAAGAAACUUGGAAUCUCACCAAGACGAAAAAAGAGGGCGGAAAAGCGGCCCCUGCCUUUGUCUAUUUCUGUGACAAUGAGACCGUGGACGGCGUAGAAUUUCCGAGUUUCCCCAAGGUUUUGGAACCACAUGGCGGUGAUGAGGAGGAUGAAAGAAUCGUGGUCGCCGACAUGAGCUCCAAUUUCUUGAGCAGGAAAGUGGAUGUUAGCAAAUAUGGAAUCGUAUUUGGUGGCGCCCAAAAGAACAUUGGUGUUGCUGGCAUUGCAGUGAUCAUCAUACGGAAAGAUCUCCUACCUCCGCACACCGCCACCCCUCCGCCGUCGUUGCUCCGCCAGCUCAAUAUCGGCGGACUUCCCGGUCCCAUCGUCCUCGAUUAUGCCACAAUCGCCAAAAACAAUUCGCUAUAUAAUACCUUACCCAUUUUCAACCUCUGGGUCGCCGGUCAAGUCAUGAUCAAUUUAGUAAACCUUUACGGAGCCAAAAAGGUUUCAGGGCAGGAGCAAAUUGCAAACACAAAGGCUCAAUUGAUAUACGGUGCGUUGGACAAGUAUCCAAGUGUUUAUACUGUUGUGCCAGAAAAGGACGUACGGAGCAGGAUGAAUAUCUGCUUUCGUGUUCAUGGAGGUGAUGCAGACAAGGAAAAGGAGUUCGCUAUCGGUGCAGAGAAGAGACUGCUUCAAGGGUUAAAGGGUCACCGGAGCGUCGGCGGAAUGAGAGCCAGCAAUUAUAACGCCGUGCCACUUGAGAAUGUCGAGAGACUUGUUCAGUAUCUGGAGGAUUACGCCAAUGGACGUGUCUAAAGCGGGCAAGGCGUGAUGGUAUACUCUAUGGUACAUGUUUCAACACUGGGGGGGAGAAAAAAAAAAUCAUCGCUGAGAUAAAAGGGGGAAAAAUAAUGAUAUACCAACCAGAAACGGGUGUAUAUUGAACAAAGAAACGCGGCACAAAAAGAAAAAGGGGGGGGGGGGUUUCCGCGGGAAAUGAUUCAACCAUACUCCAGAGCUAUGCGGGCAAAAAAAGUAAAAAAUUGGGGAUAUAUAGAUAUUUCAUGGACUUUUGAUUUUAUAGUUUCCAGACAGUCCAACCCUUCAAGUUAAGUUGUUCAAGAAGACCCUGGAGAGGACCCUGAAUUUCGACUCCGUUUCUCCACAAUUUCGGGCCUGCUAGAUAACUAAUGAAUCCAUCUGGUCCUGAUAUUAGGAUCAAUUUUGUUUUCCGUCGAUUGUCUGUCUCGUAUUUAUCCAUCUGACCGGUGAAGUGUAAUAUAGUUUCUUUCCCAAUGAGGGUGUUCUCUUCGUCCACGAAGUAGUCAACAGACAACCGGCCGCGAGAUUGAAGCUUAAGCUCUUCUAGCUGUGAGACAGUAAAGCCUUUAGGCUCAUUAGCCAGCUCCGGGUCGUCUCUCCUGGAUGUUGCGCCUGAAAAGACCCUUGACCACCAGCUAGUAGGGGCUGCCGCUGGAAAAUCAUUUCGUCCUCCCAGACAAUCGUCCCUCCGUCUGUUCGCCCAAAGUAUACGCAUUCUCACGUCUUUCAGCUGUCUCUCCCCAAAAAUAGUAUGCGCGGCCUGCAAUGCUGGUGCAAUGCCGGUCCCGCCCGCUAUAAAUAGGACCUCGCGGAUAUCAUCAGGCAGUUCAAACUCCAUCUGCGGGCCGCGGAACUCUAGUAUCGCUCCCGGUUUCAGGGAAUGCAAGUAGCCUGAAACUUCCCCUUCAGGCUCCCUCCGAAUCAAAAACUGCAAAUUAUCACCGUUCCUGACAGCCUCGUCGAUCGGCAGCUCAUCUUCCCCAAUCGGUGGGAGUGGCGUAUAAUCUCGUCCGACCUGCAGGUGUGGCUGCUUGAAUUGGACGCUCCAUAGCCCCUUUCUCCACGCCUCCAAGUAAACUUCAUAGUUUUGCGCUUGUUUGACCGGCCGCAGGGUGAAGACGCUGCACGUGGAGGAGAUGGGUGCUUUGGAGAUAAGUUGGUACUUUGUGAACGUGAAGGGAUUUAACGUUGAACUAGGGUUUUUCUCGCGAUAUUGAAGGUAUGCACCGAUUCCACCCGCGGCUACGGUCAAAAUGGUGAUUUGUAGCCAGCGGCGUCUCUUCGGUAAGGAAUUGCUCGAAUUUGAACUCGUUGCAUUCUCGCGAAACUGGACGCUUCGAGGGUUCCGGCAGGUCUUCCAGGCAAGCGCCCUUAUGGUCGACUCGAGGCCCCAAACUGCAGGAAAUUUG